AUGGCUCAACUCCUGGCAAGUCACCCCGGGCGCAGCUGUGGAAGUUGGUGCAGGGCAGUUCACGGAACAGAGGCAAAGAAAACGGCCACGGGGCAGCCUACGGAGCAGAUGCUGUCUAGCAACGGCCGGCUUACGGCGAGGCGAUGGGUUGCUAGAGGUAGCGGAGGCUUAGGCAAGCCACUCGGAGGUGCGGCAGAAGAGGCCGGCUCAGUGCGGUACAGCGCGGGCGAUGCUUCAAGGCAGGGGCGACGCAACAGAAGCGGGUUGAGGCAGAGGCGGCUGCAGCCCGGGCACAACAGGAGCAGAGUGAGGCGGCCCGCACCAGCAGCCAAGGCCGGUGACAACAACUGGAUGACACAACGAUCCGACUCGACGAGGGCUCAAGUUGAAGGCGGCUCGACCAGGGGGGCCAAGGCAGUCGGCGAGGCCGAUAAGGUGCGCUGGUGA